ACACUGUGUCAGUGACACUGGGGACGCCGAGUCGGGGAGGGGGGCAGUUCCAGCUGUCACCUGUACAUACUGAAGGGGGUGGUCAUCGGACACAGGGUCAGGAUGGAGGAAACACAGAUAUACAGCAAGCGGCUCCAAGGAAUCACCGAAAAGCGUAGAAUCCUCGCUCAGAUGGAAGGAGUGCAGCGGGAGCUGGAACAACAGAAACUCAAACUCCAGCAGCUCAAGAGGAAGUCGCUCAGAGACCGGUGGCUGAUGGAUGGGCUCCUUAAUGCCCCUGAGGGGGAAACGGAGAACCCCCUGAGUAAGACAGAGGGCGAAAUAAAUCAGUUGGAGCGUGAGCUACAGAGCCUCCGGUCCCAACUGGUCCACUUGGAAAACCCGGAAGCUGCGGACCCGGAACGCGGAGGCACGCGGGUUGUUCCUGCUCCACAGACACAGCUCGUGAACGGAGAGAAAGACCAACGCGGGGAAACCUCUUCUGAAGACAGGACAGGUGACAGCCCCCUCACGGAUGUCCAUGGUGGACAGGAGAGGACCUCGGGGCACCCGAUACCAGCUCCACGACUAAGGAAGCCCGAAACAUCAGAAAAGAACCAAAACCCACAGCCCCGGGAUCAGGACAAGGAGCCACGCGGAUACGAUGACCAGAGUGUGGACCACGUAAGGCAGAAUGGUGAAAAUCAGAACCUGGAACAUCAUCUUGGAAACCAAGAGCUUCCCAAUCAGAAACUGGAACAAACAGACAAGCACCCCAAGAUUUUGGACCAGAACUUGUGUAGUCGUGAAAUUAGGGAUUCAGAAGACGAGCAGAUAAAUAACCAACAGAAUGAAGAACAUUUUAGUCAAAACCUUGAAGAUCUGGAGGAGAGCUCAGCAGUGGACUUGGUUAACCAUGAUGGCAAAGAGCAACAUUUGGUGAGUCAACUGGGGAGCCAAACUACUUCCAAUGAGAAAGAAGAUCAGGAUCUAGUAGAAAUGACUAUUGGGACACAACAGAUACCUGACAGUCAAGAAGAGAAUGAAAGUGACAUCCAGAGUCAGAAAGCUUCUCCUGAAUUAACAGAACACAUAGAAAACAGAGAACCAGGAGACAUAACCACUCACCACACGGAAGAUCACGGCGAAAAUAAGGAAAAAGGCAAUAAUGAGGAAGAUAUUUUAGGAACGGAACAAGAAAAUCAGGCCCACACGCCAUCAAUAAACGAGCAAAAUGAAUCUGAGUUUCAAUCAUUGGCUGCAGACCAAAAUCAAGAGCCCACCUUAACGUCCAAAGAUCCAAACCAAGAUUCCGUAUCAGAUUCCCAUACUCAAAAUCAGGAGCGCAUAUCGUUAACGGAAGACCAAAAGCAAGAGUUCCAGUCAUUGACCCAAGAACAGAGUGGAAAACUUCAAUCAAUGACGCAAGAAGAAGGGCCGGGAUCAGAGACCCAACAUCAAAAACUCAUACCUAACACACAGGAUGAAAAUCCAGAGUCCGGGCCAACGGCUCAAGGCCAAAGUCAAGAACCCGUACCGGUAACCGACGGCCAAAACCGGGAGCGCAUAUUAUUGACCCAAGAGCAAAGCUCCGUCUUGCAGAUUAAGAAUCAGAGUCAAGUUCCGGACUUAAAACUGCCAACCCAGGAACAAGGAAAUGACUCGCUUCCCGAUUCUAAAGACGAGAAUACCCACGCAACACUGCCAUCUAACCAGAAGAACCAAGUGACCCAGGCACAUGCUCCGCAUGUCAUGGUGGUAGCUGGUCCUAGUCCUGGUCCAACUCCCUCUGUCCAACAAAGCUCCCCUGCCCAACAGGUUUCCGGUACAGUGUCGGGUGAAGAGAUCCAGCCUCUGCUCAACAGAUCCCAGGAGACUAAUGCUGGCUCUCCCGGCUCUCCGCUUGGAGCAAAUACGGCGGAGUCACGGAAGGAGAAGACGCGCGGAAAGGAUAAGUCAUGCCAGUGCUGCGUUUUAAUGUGAGCGGAAUAAAUCUCCAUCUUUAACGCGGACCAGGAUAAGAAGCCCGGAGAGUAAUCGGCGUGUGCGAACAUAUCGAACACGACUCAACAAACUCUGUAUAAUACCAAUAAUGAUAUAAAUAGAAGAGCAUUUAUUUUAACAGAAAUUAAUAUUAUUUUUUUUGCUUUAACCCCUUAAGGACAAUGGGCGGUCCAUAAACCCAUCGAAAACGACGCGUUGUGAGCCCGUACAUGUACAGGCUGUCAUUAAGGGGUUAAUUAGGAGACUCAAUUGACUUAUGUUCUCUAGUCUGCAUACAAAAGAAAAAAAAAGACGCCAGAAUUCAUUUUAUUUUUGUUCCAUUGGAAGAAAACUUUUUUAGGGAUUAUAUGACUUUUUUUUUUUAUGGAAAAUUCGUAGUAGCAAAAAAAAUUACAAUUCUGAAAACUAUAAUAAUCAUUUAUUCGUCAUUAAAAACGGCUGUAUUUU